AUGAGUCUACAAAGACAACAGAUCCGAAAGGUAAAUAGUGGAAAAUCACAAAUUGCACCUGAUUUUGUUCAAAUUGAGGAUGAAACUUAUCUUCUAGAUCAAGAUGAUGAUAAAGUUUCCACAAAACUUAGUGAGGAGACAGCUCCAUCAUCACAAAAAAGUGAUCAGUCAACCAAAAUGAAAACAAGAUACAAAAUGGUUGCAAGGAAAAACAAAAACAAAAGCCUUGUUGUUGUGCCAAGUGGUAGAAUUACAAGGAGCCAAGAUGUUCUGUUAGAUGAAUCUGAAAAGGGAAGCCUGAAGAAGGAUGUUGAACCUGCUAAAGAAACCGCAAAAAUAGGACAGAAGAGAAGAAUGUCUACAAGGAAUUUUCCUAUUCAAAAGGAAGCUGAUGCACCACCUCCAGCACCUACUCCAAUAAAAAAAAUGGCAGGUGCUCCUGCUGAAUAUCCUCCAGACCAAGGCAAAAAGGGUGGGAAAAAGAAAACUCUAGAAGAAGUGAAGAAAACUUCUAAGGUUGCUGGCAAAAGAAAAGCAGAUGUCAGUCCUGCCAAGAGAAAUGCUGGAAAGAGAAAAAAAAUACAAGAAGUACCAUCAGAUGAACCCUCUCAAGAUCCUACUGAUGAAAGUUCUACUGACAGUGAUGAUGAUAGUGAAGAGUCAGUUUAUAGAGCAGAAGAAGAGCCUGUCAGUGAGGAUGAUUAUGAGGUGGAGGAAGAGGAGGAAGAGGAUGAAGUAAAGCCAAGGAAGAAACAGGCAAAGAAAGGGAAUUCAGUGAAGGCAAAGGUUGAAAAGGAGGAGCAAAAGAUGGUACUGUAUGAUGAAGGAAAGAUUGAAGGUAGGAGAAAAAAGAAAAUGAAAACUGAAAUGGUUCAAGCAAUAGAAACUGAUGAAGUUGAGGAAAUUCAGGAAGAUGAAUUUGAGGAAGAGAAAUCUUCAAAGAGAGGAGGACAUGUGAAGUUCAUUGCAUGGAUAAAAAAGAUGACACCUACCCAAAAACAACAAGUUGUUGAUAUAGGGUUAGGAUCACUUCUUGACAUUAGUUUACCUCAACUUGAUCAAAAGUUCUGUAACUGGUUAUUGGGAAGUUUUGAAGAAAAUAGCCAGUGUUUUGAACUACCAAAGAAUGAAAAAAUAGAAAUUGAGGUAGAGGAUGUUAGGGUAGUUUAUGGCUUGCCUACAGGAGAAAUUCCAAUUGUUGAGCCAAAGUCUGAUAAAAUUAGUGAGGAGUAUGCAGAAUUUCUGAAGAAAUGGAGAAAAUCAUGGUCAGGAAAAACUCCAUCAGUGAGUCAGAUUGUGAAUGGAUACAUAAAUGAUAAAUUCACCAACAACAGACCACCAAGUGAACAUUUCAUUACUAACUUUUUAGCAGUGGCUGUGAACUGCUUGAUGAAAUGUGUAUCAAACAAUCAAUGCCAUUUCAAAUUUCUUUAUUCUAUGAUGGACAAAGAAAACAUAAAAAAUUUGAACUGGUGUCAGUUUGUAUAUGACUCACUUAUCAAAUGUCAUGUUGAUUGGAGAAAGCAGCAAGGCAAGGGGUUCUACAAAGGCCCUCUUCAAUUUCUGAUGUUGUUCUAUUUUGAUAGAGUUCAGAGGUUAGACAAAAGGCCUCCAAGAAAAAUUCCUAUCAUAUCUGCAUGGAAUAGAGACAUGGUUCUUGAGAGGUUGAAGAUUGAAUUAGAAUUGGGAUUUGGGAGAGGGAAAAUUCUACCAAGGAUUGCUGCAGAAGUUGAAGAAAGUCCUAAGGUUUUUAUGGAUGAUUUUGUUUCCCUGGUAAAAACAACUUGUUCAAACCUGUCAAAGCUUUCUUCAAAAUUGGUGAAGGCAAAGGAUAUCUUCCCUGGAAAUGACUUGGUGAAAAAAGUUGAUGAAGUUUUAGGAAAGGUGGUAGCUAGGGAACCAUCAAUUCUAAGCCAAGAUGAAGAAUUCUUUGGCAGUGAGGAUUUCCUAAAUGCACUUGCACAAGCUGAGAAGAAUCUGAUGCAAGGGUCUGAAAAGCAAACAACUGAGAAGCAAAUGACUGGGAAGAAAUUAACCAAAAAGGGAAAGGAAAAAGAACAAGAAUAUGACAUCAGAAAAGCUUUCAGCUUGGGGUUGACUCCACCUUCUCCAGCCAUUGAAACAGGGCCCACCUUUUCAACACUUGGUGAUAUAAUUGAACAACCAAUAAUUUCAACAAAUGCUGAAGAAAAGGAUGUGGGUAAAACUUCAGCAGCUUCAGAACAAAGAAUUGAAGAAUUUUCUAGAACUGCAACUGGUUCAAAAUUUGAUGCUGACACUAGGUCAGAUAAUGAAGGAUUGCCUAGAACAGGAUCUGGUUCAGUGGUUGAUGCUGACCCUAGGUCAGAUGGUGGUGAAAAAAGUGAUGAUCCAAAAAACACAGUUGAAGGUGGAAAACAAAACAAGGAAGAUGUUUUUGAAAAAAACAAAAAAUGAUGAAAAAGUGGAGGGGUAAAAUCCUGAAGACAUGUCUUACUAUUAGGGUUAUGUAAUGGUGUAGGAUAAAAUAUCUAGAUGGAACAAUUUAACUUAUGUUACUAUCGUGUUGUAACUUGAAACUGGUGUUUCUCAAACUAUUGUAUGUGUGAACAUUAUUUUGUUGAAUAUGUAAUAUGAAUGUGUGGUUUAUGUUAAAUCAAUAGGUUUAUGUUAAA